CUGAUUUCCUCAAAUUUUGUAGUGACAAUAUGAAAUGAAAAGGUCUUGAGUUAAACAUUUUGUUGUUCUGCCCUCUGUUACACAGAUGGUGUUUACUUGAUCUUGCCCGUAGCUCUGUGGAGGAUGAUUGCUGUGCUUUAAUGAUGAAAGGGAAAUCUGAGAUCCUAACUGUGGUUGAAGUCAACAAGCCUCCUCCAGCCAAGAAAUCUCGGAGGGAGAAGAAUAACGGGAAGUUGCUUACUGCUUCAAGUUCAACAGAGGCAAUGGAACAACUAAUUUGGAAGGAGUUACCUGAAGAUCUUCUUGAAUCUGUAAUUGCAAGACUUCCUGUAGCCACGUUUUUCCGGUUUCGUUCAGUAUGUAAAAAGUGGAACUCUUCGCUCACUUCAAGCAGUUUCUCCCAGUAUUAUUCAGAGAUUGGACAAUCACAUCCUUGGUUCUAUACAGUUACCCAUGAAAAUAUCAACAGGGGAGCCAUGUAUGAUCCUUCUUCUAGAAAAUGGCACCACCCCUCCAUUUCUUUCUUGCCACCAAAAAUGAUCAUUCUUCCGGUGGCCUCAGCUGGAGGUCUCAUUUGUUUCAUGGACAUUGGCAACAGGAAUUUCUAUGCCUGCAAUCCUCUGACCAACUCAUUCAAAGAACUCCCUCCAAGGUCCAUGCAGGUUUGGUCACGUGUAGUGGUAGGGAUGGUUCUUAACGGAAACUCUCUUCGUAGUGGUUACAAAAUAGUGUGGUUAGGAUGCAGUGGGAAUCAUGAGAUCUAUGAUUCAGUAAAGAACAGCUGGGCUCGUCCAGGAAGUUUACCACCUGGCAUUAAGCUUCCACUAUGUUUGAAUUUCAGGUCUCAAACUGUGGCCAUUGGUAGCACACUUUACUUCAUGAGAGCGAACCCAGAUGGAAUCCUGUCCUAUGAUGUUGCCACUGGAAUGUGGAAGCAGUUUGUUAUACCAUCACCAGUCCAUCUGACUGACCAUACUCUUGCGGAGUGUUCAGGGAAGCUUAUGCUGCUGGGACUGCUGUCUAAAAAUGCUGCCACAUGCAUAUGCGUGUGGGAGUUGCAGAGGAUGACUCUUUUGUGGAAGGAGGUUGACAGAAUGCCAAAUGUGUGGUGCUUGGAGUUUUAUGGGAAGCACAUUAGGAUGACUUGCUUGGGCAACAAGGGGUUGCUUAUGCUUUCAUUGAGGUCAAAGAGGAUGAACCGACUGGUUACUUAUGAUGUGAAGAAGAGGGAGUGGCAAAAGGUGCCAGACUGCACACUUCCUCGUGGUAGGAGAAGGCAGUCGAUUGCAUGUGGUACAACAUUCCAUCCGUGUCCUGCUGCUUUUGCUUGAAAACACUCUCUUACCUGUUGGGAAAGACUGCUAAUAUUCCAUUAGAUGCACAUCUGUUAGUAGAUGAUCAAUUUCUCUUUCCGGAAUGAGGAGCUGUAGAAGGUAAAUCAUGGAGGAUUUCAGAAAGGCUCGCACAAGAGAACAAACUUUAUGAUUGCCAAGAGGUACUGCUAGAGAACUAUGUUCGUUGUGUCAAAUACAGUUGUAUUUUUCAAAUUUUAUUUGUACUUUUCUGUGGCAUAGACGACUUUCAUUAUCCCUUUUCUUUUGUAUUUUGGGCUAUUUGUUCUUCUCUUUGCAAUUCUAUUAACUUACCCAUGUUUGGGAGGCUAUUGUUAUCAUGCUCAAAUUAUGUUACUGUAGCCAUAGUUUGAUUAUGAUUUUCGGCCCAAAUGCCAUUCAGAUUUCGACUA